UCUUCCGCAGUUGGCUAGCUUCUCCUCCUUUUAUUAGAGGAUUGCCAAUUUUUGGCUAGCUUUCACCUGCCUUCUCUCUCCCCUAGCCUGCCGGUGCUGCCUCUUUCUCUCUCCUCUCUGUAGGGGAAGGGAGGGAAGUUAGAGACCCAAACCAAGGCCUCGCCGUCGCCGCCGGCCGUCCGGUCGGGUCCUCGCCGCGCCUAUGGCCAAACGGCCGACCGUGCCCAAGUUCGGCACCUGGGACAAGGACAAUGUCGGGUACACGGUCUACUUCGACAAGGUGCGCGAGAACAAGGGCGCCACCGCGCCGCCGCUGCACCGGCCGUUCAACCCCAACGACCCCGAGGAGGGGCCCAUGAUGAGCGUCCCCCCGCCGUCGUCGUCGAGGCCGGCGACCUCGGGCGGCCGCCGGGAGCCGCAGCAGAGGCACCACCAACGGCGGACCGACAGCGGCAGCAGCGCGGCGUCGGACCCGGGCGGCAGGGGCGCCGAGCAGAGCAAGUUCGCGCCGCCGCCGCAGUACUACCAGCGGCCGAGCCCAGAGCCGGCCCAUCAGCAGUACAAUGCCGGCCACCACCAGCACCACAGCGGCCACCACCACCAGCAACAAUCCCAUCAGGCCGAGCACGGGGCUGGCGGCGGCGGCGGCCACCGCGCCUCGCAUGCGCAGAGGCACCACCACCACGCCGGGCCGGCGGCGCGCGCGCGCUCCGCCUCGCCGCAGAGCAACGCCCCGCGAGCGUCGGCCGUGCCCAAGUUCGGCGUGUGGGACGAGCAGACCGCCGCGGCGGCGGCGCAGGGGUUCACGGUGCAGUUCGAGAACGUGAAGCGGCACCGGGAGGUGGCCCGGACCGCGGUGCCGUCCGUGCCGCGCGCGCCGUCGCCACCGGAGGGCGGCGCGGCGAGGCACUCCCAUCAUCACAAGCCCCCCUUCGUGUCCAAGAUGUUCGGAUGCUUCCUUCCCCCGGCCAAACACUGAGAGCAAUGGCCGGCGCAUCUUCAGAUUUCGUUCCCGUGAUUGUACUAUGAUCAGGCUUAGAAUGUUCUUUCAUUUCAUUUCAGUUGCGUGUGGUGAUCGAGCGCUGGGGCGACAGCAGAAGGUUGAGUGGGGGAUUUCAUUACUGUUAUGAUUGGUUUGUACAAAUAUUAUGAUGUAUAAUGAUCUGUAUAUGGUCCUAUGAUCUGCUUAGAUUAAUUACCGAGCAUCCUAAAAUGAUCAUUUGUAAUGAUACAGAAAACACACACCAUUACAUGUUUACGUUGAGGCCAUGGUUUGCCUGACAAAGCAAAAUGCCAAACACACCCAUCCGCAUCAGGUGCCGCCAUAUCAGUUGGACUGUUGGAACGUGACUCACGGACAAUUGGUGCCUCAAUUGUGGCAGUAACUAACCAGAGCUGGCUCUGAGCUCAGAGUGCCUCCAGUUGCCACCACCGUUUGCAGCAACUGACCCAUCCACGGCGCUAGAGCAGCUAAAUGAACAGACGGUGGACGGCGUCGUGCAAGUUGGGGCCGAUAGGGUGGCGGCCGGAGGACAGGGCAGGACGACUUUUGUUAGAACAGAGAAUGCUUCAGAACAAGUAAAGUACACGAGCGGUCCUCAAACUUCUCAUGCCAUAUCAUUCUGAUCCCCGAACUUGUAAAAUGCAGAUUUGGCUCCUUAAUUUUGCUUCGGGUGUCAUUCAGAUCCCCAAACUCGCAAA